AUGACAAACUUCGAGGGAGUUACCACGGAAAUGGAGGAUAACAGGAUUCGCCUCCGACCAAUCCUAUUUGGAAUACGCCAUAUUUCACGGUCUGCGAUUAGGUCUAUAUUCUCUGUGUUCUGGUCCGACAGAUGUAACAUUACUAGAACCGAUGGCACAGCGGCGUACGUGGACCAAAGUAUUGCAAUUUGUCAUACGAAAUAUGAAGCGGGGAUUUUUAUCGGAGGCCUUAAAAACUGA